AUGCCCGUUUCCACGAGAUCUGGCAGCACCCGGAGCCGCACACGCACCAAGAACAAGAAGGAUGUUCGGACACGAGAUGCUACCGUGGCAGCGAGAAAGAAGACGACACGCCGUCGGUCCGCUCGACUCACAUCUCAAGUAGCUGAGAAGAAGGACGUUGAUAUGUGGGUCGAGCUGCCAGAAGGGCCUGUGGCGAAGAAGCCCAGGCUGGACAAGGCGAAUUCAGUGCCACCGCCGACACCCAAGGCCAAGGCCGCAGCAUCGGCCCUCUCUAACUCGAAGAUCAAAGCCGCGGCUAUUGCUUCUGCUGCCUCAAGAGCCAAAGCCUCGGCCACUGCCUCAGCUGCAUCGAAGGAAAAAGUCGCCGAGGCAGCUGCGAGGGAACUGGCUCGGAUGACGCUCACUCCAAACUUAUCAGAGCCAUCAGCGUCAUCCCAAAGACGUAAUACGAGGGCGGAACUGGACUCUUCGAUCCGUAGAUCCUCUCGGAAGUCUACCGCUAGAAAGUCAAUUCAAAUAGACGAAGCAGAGAAAUCGAAUGAAGCAGAUGACGCGCAGACGGUAGAUCAAGCAGAUGAAGCUCCGAAAUUCAAACAAGUAGAUGAAGCGGGACGAAAGCGCAAUCAAUUAGAUGAAGAGCAAUUGAAGAAGAAGACAGCCGAUCUGCGCGAUGGACAGCGAAUGCUGAAGCGCAAACGCGACGAGUUUGAGAUGGAGUUUGAAAAGAUGCGUGCCGAGCUGGACAAGCGCGAGACCGCAAUCAAGAAGAAAGAAGGGCAGUUGUCUCGUAUAGAUAAGCAACUUGACAAGCGGCUGGAAGCUAUCCAGAAGAAGGAGACAGCUUUCAAGAAACGCGAACAAGAGACGAACGAUUUGGCCCUCAGCCUCUCGGUCGAUCGCACCCAGGAGGCAAUGACCCAGCUGGAGGAGCAAUGGACUUGUGUACUCUGCUAUGACAUAAUGGCAUGCCCUGCUAAUCUUACACCCGCACAGUGUGGCCAUACAUUCUGCGCUCUUUGUAUUCUAAAAUGGUUCUUUACUCACCUUCACGACGAUUGCGGCGGAUGGCACUUCGCACUCGAGUGCCCUCUCUGCCGCACGGUCCUCCCUGUCCCGCCAGAAGUCGCCCCGCGCCCGAUGUACACUUGUCCGUUCUCCCUGAACAGACUUGCAGACACGGUCCUGACGGAUCUGAUCGAUGGUCUGCGGGGGCCAGACAAUAGGAACCAGAGCACUGGCAGUGGCAAGGGGAAGAAGAAAGCUGUUGAUGCGGGAUCAAGCAUAUCCGAUGCUUGGAAUGAAGGAGGCGCGUCCAGGAACGAGUGGAAGGAUCGAGAUAGACGAGGACGCGAAGAACUGCAGUUCGUGGUCAACUCAUGGACGAGGUUGACACAGAACGAUAUGCAAGUGCUGAAGGGACGGCUCGCACCCCCGGCAAACAACGCACGCUGA